UGACAGAUCCAAACAUAAAGAAGGUUAGAAGCUGAAUUAAAUAAAAGGAUAAGUUGUUUUUAAAUAACUUUAAAGUUGUGUAUUAUUAAAUAUAAAAAAAUGUGUGCGGGUUAAGGUUAUAUAUUUAUGUUCGGAGAAAAUAAUUUAAAUUUAAGCAAUGGCGACAAAAAAAGUUAUUCCAACGAGAAUAGGAAGUGAUUUAAAAAGUACUGUUAAAUUUCUGGAUGUCAUCGAAAGGCGUACACUAGGAUUUAGAAAUAGUAGAUUUGGUGUAGACGAUUCUAUAGCGUUUAAAUUGUAUAACAGUAUUUAUCCAUUUCACAUAGAACAAAAACGACCCAUUCCAACUUCAAUAGGUGGAAUUUUCAACUUGGAAUUCAGUCUAGAUGGAAAACUAUUAGUUGCUGCUUGUGAAGGAAAGCAGGUUUUAAUCUAUGAUGCUGGCAAUCAGAAAUUAAUUCACAACAUCUUAGAUGCUCAUUUAAACUGUGUCAAUUGUGUCAGGUUUUUAAAUGACAAGCAUUUUGCCACCUGUUCUGAUGAUACUUCAAUUAAAAUUUGGGAUAUACGAAAACUUAAAUAUUCAAUGAAAACUCUCCAUGGACACUCUAACUGGGUUAAAAAUAUCGAAUGGUCUGAAAAGGACAAUGUAAUGGUAACAUCUGCAUUUGAUGGUAGCAUUUAUGCUUGGAAUCUCAAAAGUCCUAACGAAAGCAAUAUGAUGUACGAUAAAGUAUUUUUAAUGAAUGGUUUGAUGAGGAUGAAAUUGACUGAAGAUGGUACAAAAAUGAUUAUUUCAACAACAAAUGGAUUUAUGAUUAUUAUACACGAUUUGAAUUUACUUACCUUAGCGACUGACCUUCGUUCCUUUAGGCCGAGUUUAUAUAGGUUAAUGCAGAUCAGCGAUCAAUGUUUUCCAGUUGGUACUAUUUACAAUUAUCUAUUUUCUCCUACACGUAAACGAAAUAGAAUUGAAUUUAUCGAUGAUUUUCCUGAUGUAGCUGAAGUGAUUAGUUCCUUACAGAUACACCCACAUGGAUGGUGUACGGUAUCCAGACAUUUAAAUUCUGAAGAAACCGAAGAGUGGACCUGCGUUCAUGACAUCCAAAGCCGAGAUCCGGAGGACUACAAAGAUUCCUACACGUACAUCAAUGAAGAAUUUCCAUUAGAAGCCGAUCCAGACGAGGACAGCAAUAUCCGACCAACCGACCUUUGGAUGGGCUACAUUUCCCUCGAAGAAUACAGCAAUCACAACAGAGAUUUCAGUCAAGUCUCGCAAAAUAUGUGGGAAAAUUUCCAACUGCCCACAAUGGGUAUCUUAAACACCGGCCUCAUAGGCGUUAAUUCUUCCUUCAAUACUUACUUUAACCAACAUCCAGAUCAGCGUAAUAAAGUAAUAAGAAAUUUACCAAGGAUGACGCAUUUCGUUAAAGAAGAAAACGUCGGAAAGGGAUUUAUCAAAGAACUGUGUUUUUCGGCUGAUGGCAGGGUGAUCUGUUCGCCGUACGACAAAGGUGUAAGACUGUUAGCAUUUAACGAACAUUGUCAUGAACUAUCCUCUUGCGUGCCUGAGAAUCCUCAACAACUUAAGACUGUCAUAGAAAUGAAGGACUAUCACAAGGACGUAGUGGUAUCAUGCAAGUUCAAUCCAGUGCAUCAUCAACUGGUCAGCGGUUGUUUAGGAAGUGAAAUUAAGUGGUAUCAACCUGUGAUAUAAAACGUCUUGUUUAUUUUUCUUUUUAUAUUGAAAAAAGCCGAAUCUUAACAGUUAGGCAGCCAAAUAUAAUAUUCAAAAGAU